AACUGGCUCGAACUUCGUGCUCGUUUAUAUAGAAGGUAACGUCAUUUUAACGUAUUUCAGUAAUGACGUGUACUUCAUUUCAUAAGGUGCUCGUCGUUCGUCUGUCAGUUGAGUCAAUUGUUUGGUUGCGUUUCCUCACGUGAUUGAUUAUUACCAACGAUCAGAUCGAUAUGGAUAACCAAUCCUGCAAGAUCCUAUGGAUGAAGAUCCCAUCAGAAAUCAUGUUAUCGGACCUCACUGAAAUGCCGUUCAUAAAACUUGGCGAUUUUAAGUUCGAAUUCGAGUUCGAGUCUGCUAAUCCAGAAUUGCAGGAAGUAGCAAGGAAGGAAUUAAGAGAGUCUCCUGAGAUACAAAAACAGUCGAUAGCACGUCUGCAAGAAUUAUUAAAAGCUGAAAAAGAUUUGAAAUGCCCGUUGGACAAUGAAGCCUGGUUGAUUAAAUUUCUGAGACCGUGCAAGUAUUAUCCCGAAUCGUCUUUGAAGCUCAUCAAAUACUAUUACAACUUCAAGGUGAAACAUGCGAAUGUGUAUGACAACUUAAAGCCGAGUAAUGAGAAAAAUAUCUUCGAGCAAAACAUCCUAACCGCGUUGCCUAAUCGCGAUCAACACAGCCGACGUAUAGUGAUAAUUGAACUUGGCAAAAAAUGGAAGCACAAUAAGUGCAGCCUCGAUGAAAUUUAUAAAGGAUGUGUAUUGUAUUUGGAAGCGGCCAUAAUGGAACCGAGUACACAGAUCGCUGGCGCGAUUAUCAUCUUUGACAUGGAUGGUCUCACCCUUCAGCAAGCCUGGCAAUUUACCCCGCCGUUUGCCAAGAGGAUAGUCGAUUUGCUUCAAGAAGCAGUGCCUGUAAGGAUAAAAAACAUACACAUUGUAAAUCAACCGUAUAUAUUCAACAUGGUGUUCGCUCUGUUCAAACCGUUCCUGAAAGAGAAAUUGAAAAACAGAAUAAUCUUUCACGGCACCGAUCGCAAAUCAUUGCAUCAAUACAUAUCACCGAAAUGUCUACCAGCGCAAUACGAUGGUACGCUGGAAAUAAAAAUAAAUGGAUCCGAAUGGUAUUCCUUGCUGAUACAGGCUGACAAGGAAUAUGAAGCUAUCAAUUCAUACGGCUAUAAAAAGACAUAGUCUUAAUACUUUGUAACAUUAAAAAAUAGAUUAAAUAUGAAGAAAUUAUAAACGCGACAUUUCCGAGGAAAAAUAUUAUAUUUAAUAUCAAUUAUGACAAUUAUGAAUCGUUCUUAUGUAUAUUCAGUCCUCGAAAUGUUGUUUUCAUGAAACCUUGCUCACUUUGUAAAUUUAUUUAUAACAUACAUUAUAUAUUAUUGUACAA